AUGACUAAUGGACUUUCCAGUCCGUUCAAUCGGGAAGCUAUGAAGGGAAAUCAAAGGCAAGUCUCCAAUGAAAGGCGUCGUCAAUCUCUUAGAAUCAGAAAACCUCCGGUCUCAAAUGCAAAAAAGAGAGUAGCGCAGAAGAAAAAUAAGAAGAAGAGUACACCAGUGAGAGAACCGAGUAUACACUCGCUCUCAGUUUCAUCUGGGUCUGAAAGUGAAGACAUGUCUGCUCCAUCGUUUGAGGAAAUGCAACCAAUGCAACCCCUUGAGUUCUACUUCAAAAGCAGUGAAUUCGCUCAGACUUGCAAGAUACAAACAAAGUGCUUUGUGACCAAGACAGUAGAGAAGAUCAAGAAGAAGCUUAAGCCUGAGGCUGAAUGGUUCAGAAGUCAUCCUCAAUUUCGACAUUUCUUCCACAUGCCAGAUGAACCAAACCUGAAGCUCCAAGGGAUGUGGAUGCUACUCCUGCGCACGAUUUGUACUCCAGAAGAUGAUGUUGCAUGGUUUGCGGUUAAUGGUGUACCCAUCCGCUAUUCUAUGAGGGAGCAUGCCCUCAUCUCUGGCUUAGACUGCAGGGAGUAUCCGAGGAACUAUGAGAAGCUCGGGAGUCAUAAGUUUGUGGAUUAUUACUUCCAUGACGUAACUAAGAUCACCAUCAGUGAUGUGGAGCAGAAGAUGUUGUCUAUGGCGCUGUGUCCAGAUAGAUUGAAGAUGACAGUCUUGUAUUUCCUUGGUCGGGUUAUCAGAGGGAAGCCAAACGAUACAAGACCUUUAGACUCCUUCAUAUUAAGGAUAGUGGAGGAUUUGGAAGCUUGCAUAUCAUUUCCAUGGGGCCGUCUUACAUUUGAGGAUGCAAUAAAGGAGAUUAAGCAUGUGAUGAACCAUCUGAAGGGUGAAGUGAAUGAGACAUGCGGCUUUCCUGGUUUCAUAAUCCCUUUAGAGGUUCUUGCUUUCGAGUGUAUUCCUGCUCUUGGGAAAAAGUUCAGAAUCACUCCAGAGAACCCUAGUGAAGACUGUCCAAGGAUGUGCAAGAGCCGGUUUAUAAAAACCAGUCUGAGGGGUUAUCCUUUGGAAGACAUAUAUGAUGCGCUUGGAGAAACAAAGGAUAUUAAUAGUGUGCUGGUUCCGACUUUGGGUGAGGAAAUUAUGCUGGCUCGUAUCAUUGAUGAGGAGCGAGACUAUGACCGUCAAGGCAGCCCAAGUGAUACAUGGAACUACUGGUUAAAUGUGAAGCAUAAGACUAUUUGGUGGGGAGAGUUGUAUGAGUUAGAUCAAGCUGCACGAGUGUUUCCAAAAAAGAAAGACAAAGCAAAGGUGGAGUUGGCAGAAGGAUCAUACUCUCAAACCGGUUUAGAUUCGAUCUUGAAAGGUCUGGAAGGGAGGCUAGUGGAGUUCAUGGGAACAGCAUUUGCCAGUCUUAACUUUACGGUGGAGGCAAAGCUGGAGUCCAUUGACUCGAGGAUGAGUAAAAUGGAAGAAAGGCUAACUUCUAUUGAGAGUAAGCUAAGUGAAGAGAAGAAUCAUGGUGAAGACAUGGAUUUUCGACAGUGGGAUCAUGGGAAUUAUGGGGAUUAUGGCACAACAGCGAAGGAUAAGGGAGACAAGGAAGAAGCUGGGAAAAGCGGUGAGGGUGAAGAAGAAGCUGAGAAAAGCGAGGGUGAGGGUAAUAAAGACAAGGAAAACAGUGAGGCUGAUGAGGAAAACGGUAGUGAGCAAGAGCGAGUGUUGAACCGAAUGAAGGAUGAUGAACUGUGGAGGAGUUUGAUGGAGGAUCGAGAAGAGGUUGGAGGAAAAGUGAUGGAGGAUAAAGAAGAGGCUGAAACCAGUGAGGAAGUAAUUGAGAACAGUCAAGAAGAGCCUAUGGUUGAGGCAGAGAUCAGUGAGCCUCGGGUUGCGGCAGAGAUCAGUGAGGCUCGGGUUGCAGCAGAGAUCAGUGAGCCUCGGGUUGCGGCAGAGAUCAGUGAGCCUUGGGUUGCGGCAGAGAUCAGUGAGGCUCGGGUUGUGGCAGAGAUCAGUGAAGCUCGGGUUGGGUCUCCGAUCAAAGAGCCUCAUUUUGAGUCUCCGAUCAAAGAGCCUCAUUUUGAGUCUCCGAUCAAAGAGCCUCAUUUUGAGUCUCCGAUCAAAGAGCCUCGGUUUGAGGCACAUCAAACUCCAACAACACCUUCUGGUGGUAGGACUAAGGCAAUGGCUGCGAGGAGAGUAGUCAAUUCUCUAAUAAGCACUUGGGCAGUAGUGAUGGAAGCCCGAAAAGCUGUGGAACCAGAGGAAAAAACUAGUGAGAAAAUUGUGGAAGAAGAGACUGAAGAAGCUGAGAAAGUUGUGGAAGAAGAGACUGAAGAAGCUGAGAAGGUUGUUGAAGAAUAG